AUGAAAGCAGAGAGAAACGUCAUCGAGUUAUUUAGCCCAACAAUCGCGAAUAAUCAGUACCAAAAGAAAGAAUUUGUCAAAAUAGCAAAUGCGAUUGAUAAACAUGUGGAAGAGUGUGCCUCCCUUUAUAGUGAGAAACAUCGAGAAAUGCUCAAAUAUCCUGUCAGGGGAACGUAUGGACGAGGUGGAAAGGAUUGUUGCAAAUUUGAUCUCAAGCUAAAGAAUCAAGUAUCUCUACUACUAGCAGUUCAGGUUUUAAAAGAAUUGACGGCAAAAGGCAAAGAGCUCGAAACAAUCUCCUGGGCGAUCCGAGCUAAAUAUUUUCUCUUCUUCAUCGACGAAAUUCAUAUGGCACCUAUUCCAAUCGACCUGAACCUACCAGAUCCCCUCAAAGAUCUCGAACUCUACGGUAUCAUCGACGAUAUCGAUGUAGAUUCAAUUCCACCACUUGCAAUCGAAUGUUGGGUCCAUUUGAAUUACACCAAACAGAAAGAUCUUUCGAACUGCGAGCCUUUUAGCUACAAAUUUCACAGUCCUGAUGUUUCGGCCGCGUUAAGAACCUUUCUCGAUGACGCUAAAGAAUUCAAAGUCGAGUUCAUGGCAAGCAUCGAGGGAACUGAUUCCACUAACGCAUGGUUAACAAACGUCACGGCAAAUAAGGAAAAUAUCGCUGAGAAAGUCCGAAGUUACUUGGAUGUUCGUUCUCACUUCACAGUUCCCAGAAAAAGUUCAUAA